AUGAGGUUCUCCUCCAAUGCCUCCCUCCUGCUAGGGCUUCUCGCCUCUGCAUCGCAUGUUGUUGUUGCCGCUGAUGAUGCUGCAGCUGCUGCACCCGCGGUCAACGAAGAUGUCUUCGUCCAAGGCGCCUACAUCGUCGAGCUUAAGGGUGAACAGGACCCCUCAGCGCUCUACGAUGAGCUGCGUUCUGAUGGCCUUGCCGUGAAACCCCGCCUGGACCUCAAGUUCGGCCUCUUCAACGGUGCCUCUUUCAGCGUCGACGACGCCGGCGAGCCCGACAUCACCACCGCCAAGAUCGCAGACAAGCUCAGCGUCAAGGGCGUCUGGCCGGUCCGCAAGAUCAAAAUGCCCAAGCCCGUGGGCACAUCCAUCGGCCGCAACGGGACCGCUUCCAGUGCUGCCCUCCUGCGCUCCCUCAAGGACAGACGCGACGAGGCCGCCAAGGAUACCUACAGCACCCAUAUCAUGACGCAGGUCGACAAGCUCCGAGAGGCUGGGUUCACGGGCAAGGGCAUCAAAGUCGCCAUCGUUGACACGGGCGUGGACUACCGACAUCCUGCCCUGGGCGGCUGCUUCGGCGAGGGCUGCCACGUCGCGUACGGCUGGGACUUUACCGGGGACAAUUACUACGAGAGCUCCGACGCGCCUACUCCUGACGCGGAUCCUCUUGACACCUGCCAGGGCCACGGCACGCACGUUGCGGGUAUCAUCAUGGCGCAGGAGAACGAGCUUGGCUUCACGGGUGCUGCGCCGGAUGUCACGCUAGGCGCGUACAAGGUCAGCGGGUGCGCUGGGUAUACGACGAGCGAGAUUCUGGUGUCUGCUUUCUACCGCGCAUACGAGGAUGGAAGCGAUGUCAUCUCGUGCUCUGCGGGCGACGACUCGGGUUGGGCGAGCGAUGCUGCUGGCGUCGCUGUCUCGCGCAUUGCCGAGGCUGGUAUUCCCGUCGUUGUUGCGGCUGGCAACUCUGGUAACUUGGGAGUCUGGGCUGUGGCCUCGCCGGCGUCUGGAAAGGCUGUUGCUGGCAUUGGGUCCGUUGACAACACCAUUUUGCCUAACCUCAUGAAGCGCGGCUCAUUUGUCAACGAGACGGGCGAAUUCGCCUUUGGGUGGGCCGACAGCACCCCCGUCACCACUGCGAACGUGACUCUCCGUCUAUGGAUUGCGGGUGCAAACGUUACGGCCUGCAACCCUAUCCCAGCUGAUAUCGAUUUGACCGAUUCUAUUCCCUUGAUCUCUAUGGACGCAGGAUGCCAAUCCGAUGUUCAGGCCGCGAACCUCCUCGCCAGAGGCGCGAAGUACAUCCUCUUCUAUCCUGCUAGCGAGUCGAUCUAUCCCCCGUACGUCUACACCGAGGGCAUUCUUGGCAUUGGAAUGGUCAUGCCCCGUCAGGCCCAGGAAUGGAAAGCCCACGCCGAAAAUGUCACCAUCACCAUCGGACCCCCCGAGACAUCCGGCCUCUUCGCCGAGCCCAUCACAAAUGGACCGACUGCCGGCUACACCAGCCCCUUCUCCAGCUACGGCCCAACCUGGGAGCUUGAAGUGAAGCCCCAGUUUACCGCUCCCGGCGGCGGCAUCCUCUCCACCUGGACCUGGGACCAGGGCGAGUACAUGGUCAACCCAGGUACUUCUAUGUCCACUCCCUUCGUCGCCGCCGUCUACGCCCUUGUCGGCCAGGUCCGCGGUACCCUCGACCAGGAGACCCUCCGCUCCGUCAUCGCUGCCACUGCUCAGCCGAAGGCCUGGAACGAUGGCACCGUUGCUCACGAUGGUAUUCUCGCCCCUGUGCCGCAGCAGGGCGCCGGCCUCGUACAGGCUUGGGACGCCGCUCAUGCCACUACGAUCCUCGGCUCAACGGGUAUCUCCUUCAACGAUACAGACCAUUUCGUCGGCGAGCACACCUUCAGCGUGAAGAACACGGCCGCUGAGGAGGUCACCUACAAGCUCGGCCAUGCCAAGUCCGUGACGGUGUACACCUUUACUCCGGGCGAAGCCCAGCUCAACGUCGCCCGUGCCCCGCCCCCGACCGUCGACGAAUGGGCGACAAUCAACUUUGAAGCCGACUCCCUGACCGUCCCCGCCGGCGGCAGCGCCGACGUCAAGUUCACCGCCGUGCCUCCCUCCGGUCUCAAUGCCACGCUCUUGCCCGUGUACAGCGGAUACAUCACCCUCGAAGGAAGCAACAGCGAGACCUUAUCCGUGCCGUACCUCGGUGUCGGCGGAAGCAUGCGCGACACCCCCGUCCUGGUCCCCGGCCUCGGUCUGAACGGGGUCUACCUCUCCUCCACGGACAACCACUUCCUCAUCCCCGUUGCCGCGAACCGGACUUUCACUAUUCCGCGUCCCGGAUCUACGGGCAGUGCCAUCUACCCCAAGAUGGUCGUGACCCCGACCGUCGGCACCACCGAUCUGCAUGUCGAGCUCGUUGCCCUCGGAAGAAGCGGCAACUCUACCCUCAAGGUCACUGAUGUGCUCGGGUACCCGACCCUCGGCGCGCUGCCGCAGUCGCCUGUUGCGUAUGCGCACAGGUUCGGGUACACAUGGAACUUUGGCGGCUUCUUGGCUGAUCGGACUAUUGUGCCCGAGGGCAGCUAUGCGUUUAUUGCGCGCGCGCUGAGAAUUUUUGGGGAUGCGAGCAAGGAGGAGGACUGGGAUGUCGUUGAGACUGUGCCGUUCAUCUUGAAGUAUCUUGCAUAA